AGCCGGCGGCUCACUAACCCGCGUCUUCACUUGGACAAUAAGCAGAAGAUGGAUAACUAAAGACUAAUGAACGGUGAUUCAAACAGAGUGAAACACAACAAUCUGUGCCACCAACCUUGGAUACACUAGGGCACUAAGAUGCCAAAAAGCGAUACCUGGCCAGGUGGUACUGGAUUAGAGACGAUGACUGGCAUGGACAGUGCUGGCAGCUGUGACAGCGUUGUCAGCGCCAAUUCUGCCUUUAGUGAUGAUAGUCUGGAGCACCUGUCUGCUGAAGAGAAGGCCUGUCUCAUGUUUUUGGAGGAGACUAUUGAGUCUUUGGAUACUGAGGAAGAUAGUGGACUGUCCAAUGACGAACCUGACCAACUGCCCAGCCCUGGCAACCUUGCUACCAAACGGGCUGACCUGUCAGCCUACGUGAGCAAAAGCAAGCUCAACAGUUCACAGAAACAUGCCUCUGCGGAACACAAGAAGGAAAACAUUGACACCAAACUCAUGCUGAGCUACCUGGUUCCGACACCUUUUGUUCUGGCAAGCAGCUCUCCAUGUUCUGUACCCAGUGGAAAGUUGAGUGUCCCUCCAGACAAAAACAUCAGCUCUAAACCUCACUUCACUCCUUCAAGCAACAAACCCGAUCAUAAACACAACCAAGUACCUUUAGAGGUCGAUGUUGUGAUACCUCCUCCCACCAAACCCAGGGACUACUCAGUUAGGACAGCUGAAGGUUUAGCCAGAGGUCCUCUGUCCUAUGAGGCACUUGUUCAUCUGCGAAGAAGUGCCUCCACAAAGAAAACGCCUCUAUGUCCCACAAUUGAUCAUACUAUAGAGUUGGACAAGCACCUUCCUGUCACAGUGGAAGACCCAAAACUCGGAAAUCUGCCAAGAUUUGACAGAUCCCACUCAGAGGCUUUUAAGUCUAAGACAGGUCCUCCGGUUGUGGCCCCCAAACCAAAAAAGAUUCCUUCCAAUAUAUCCGUGAAAACACAAAAUGAAGCAUCCAUAACCUCAGACUCUUCACACAAUGUGAAGAAUGCAACAGAUCCCCAGGUCGUAAGACUGGAAGCUUUGCAGAAGCUGGGUCUCCUCAAAGACCAACCGCCAGAGGUUGAGACAGUAGCCCUGCUGUCUCCCCCUAAAUCUCACUCCUCUCUGGACCACACACACAACAGAUCUACAAGAGGUCCAUCAAAUGUUAAUCCAUCAAGAAGCCCAUCGUUUUGUCAUUCUAAAGUGCCCACAGAGCCCAAAAACAAGCCUCUGCAGAACAGUGCCAGUUUCCAUCACUACUCCAGACGUGAGCAACAGCAUGUGUCUGUACCACAUCCGUCUCAAUCCAGUGGAUUGAAGGCAACUGGUCUGGAGCGCUCUGCUACCCUGGACAACCACAGAAACGGUGGAAACUGUCAGCCUGUACCCCGCAAACCCGCAAACUCGGUGGGAUACACGGUGAUGGUGGUGCCUGGGAUGGGAGCCGAUCGAAAAGAAGCACUCCGAAAGCUUGGACUGCUCAAAGACUAAAACAGGUAAACAGCAGUCUGCCUGCCAGAGUACCAUCCUCUUAAAGAGAGUUAAAGCAUUAAGUGGGAACUUGGCAACCAUGGCAAACUAAAGCAGAAGAGGAUGAAGAGAGGAGGACAAAUUUAAAGGGCCAGACCAGCACUUUUAAUAAAGGUUUUAAUACAGGGGACUGGACUUACUCCGAUUCUCCACUGGGCACGGUGUGCUGCGUUCCGGUUUUGUUCCGUCCACGCCACGCGCCAUACCACACCGGGAGCGUCUCAGAAGCGGCGUGUCUUGCUGCCCGACUCGCAGAUUUGAUUGUCUCCACAAAUACUUUACAGAACAAUCACGUGUUUAUUAAGCUAGUAUCUACCUUCCAGUCCAAGCAUUCCUGCAAUUAAACUCCAUGCCUUCUCUUUUCUGGUGUGGUCCUUAAAAAGAAAACUGUGAUAUCUAUUAUGGUUUUCAACUUCCAAGAUUGUAAUCUGUGGUGGUGUAGGAGACAUAAACGAUAUUGGGGGGUGUCUUUUGGUGAAUUGACUUGAUAGUCUCGCUGUUUUACUUCCUACUCGGCUGUCCGAACCCCCCCGUGGCUCACGUGAAAAUAGACCUGGUGCGUAUCUUUAGCGGAGCGGAGAGCAGCUUCACGCACGCUUCUGGGACGCGCCAUGGCACAGCUGAUGGAAUAUCAAGCAUUGACUUGUAUGGCAGUGAUUGAUCGCGGGGCCCGCGGCGCCCGCAGCGCCUCCAGAACGCAGCGCAGACGCGCCCGGUGGAAAAUAGGGGUUACGUGCUUGACACUAAGCAGUUUUUUUCCAAGUUCCAACUAUUGUUUUUCUGUAGGUUUUAAUCUGAAAAUGCAAAUUCUACCUUUCAAACGCCCGAGGCUCUACUUUUUACAAAUUGAUUAAAAGUAUAGGUUAAUGUAAUGCCCUCUAAUCAGAAUCUCUUAUUAUGUUUGCUUUAUCAAAUUUCUGUUAAAUACGACUUGACAAGACCCAACAGGACACCUAACAAUCCUAAGAGUGCAUACGACUAGGUUGCUGAAUAUUUAAAAUAGAUUUCUGCAUUAACUAGCAUGCACACACAAGUUUAUGGCUGUAAGAAAUGAUUUGUCUGAAUUCAUCAACAGAAAGAGAUAUUGUAAUAACCCUGUAUGUGCACAAAAAUAACAUUUUAGAUACUGAAGCAAGCCAUAGUGUGGCUUUCCGUUAAUCUCAAAAUCCUUCCUCAUUAUAUUGCGCAUAAUAUGCUGCUCCACUGUAAUUCUACUUAAAGGAAACGUCAACAGAAUUGUUACUAAAUAAUUACUGAUUGUUUCAUAACUCACAAAUGUGCCUAGAAGUGGAUUGUUGAGUACAUUUCUUGGAGCAAAGCCUCACAGAAGAAGAUCAUAAUUAUUGUAAAACCAAAUUUUGAAGUGUUUUGGUUUGAUUUUUCAGUGUUUUCUAAGCUUGAGUAGCAAUCAGCAAUACAUCAUCAUUGAGAUCUGAUGCAUACCUACCAACAUUAGGCUGUGAAAAAAGAAAUUAAGAAAUUAUCAAUAUGGGGCAAAGUGGGACAAAGGUGAGAACCCAUGAAAAUCGGGAAUGUUGGAAGGUAUGCUGAUCAAUCAAUAGCUUUUGAUUUGUUUCUACUAUUUUAUGGUUUAGAUGGUUUAAAAAAAAUGUGUGACCGACCGUGUCAAUGUGACUGCCUUCAUUGUCUAAAUACUGGAAAUGUUCAAGAAUGGAAAACAAGGCUAAUGUGAUAUAGUGUGUUAUUUUUACCCACUCUACCAUUUCCAUAAAUACCAGUGGAAAUAAAGUCUGCAGGUUAUA